AUGUCUGAUAAUUUAAGAAGAGCAGAAUCAUUGUUCAAUAGAAUCAUGAACCAAACGCAGGAAUCUACCCCAUCCACCCAAACAAGAUCUCCAUCAGGGUCAGGUCCUUCUUAUGCACCCACAACCAAACCUAAUGGGUCUACAGUCAAUGGAACCAGUCAUGAAGAGUCCAGCUCUGUGGUUUUGCCCAAGCAAGACCCUGUCAAAUUAUCUCAUGAAACCCUUGCAUUAAUUCCUGAAUCGCAUCAUAUCUUGCCUUACUGUUGGACUAUAUGGCACCAUUCCAGAUCGAGAAAACCCAAGGAGGCCGAAGAAGGAGCCAGUGUGGCUUCUGUCCCAGCAGACGCUAACAUUAUCGCUAAUGUCGAUACAUACCUUCAAACCACGAAUGAAUUGGAAUUUGUUGACUUGCUAGGCAACAAAAUUAAACAUAUUGGAUCCUUGGAACAAUUAUGGGUGGCUCUUUCAUCAAUCAAGAAAACCUAUGAAUUAACUACUGGGACGGAGUUCCUUGUGUUUAAAGCUGGGAUUAACCCCGUUUGGGAAGACCCUAUAAACUCUAAAGGUGGAAGAUGGGUAUUCCGAUUCAGUCGAAAGAUCUUUGGCGAUGAUAAAGAAUCAAUUGUGAAGAUUAGAAAGAGAACCAGUUUGAUUUGGGAACGAUUGAUGUUGAAAACCAUGACCGGAUCAUUGAUACCAGAGUCCAACUCGGAAGAAUUCCAGUCCUUGUUAUUGAAUGAUAUUUGUGGUAUUGUCUUAAGUGUACGUAAAGACGAAGAUAUUAUAAGUAUUUGGAACUCCAAUUUAAAUUUCCACAAAAAGAGUGCAAAUUCCACUGACGACUCCAAGAAAAAGUUGACCUCUUUCCAAGCAAGAAGAAUCAUAUGUGAUUCCAUAUUACGAGUGAUCAGAGAAUGUGAUUUGAUCAGUCAAGGAAGUGAUUGUGUCGGUACCUUAGAUUCGGGAUCAAAUGAACGAGUGUUUGGCGUGUCAUUUGAAUACAGAUUACAUGCUGAUAACGAAAAUGUCCCACUGGGAAAUGCAAAAUACAACGGACAUCAUCAUCAUUCCCACCACGGAUAUAAUGCGCAUCAUCAAAGAAGAUAUAAUAGAGGUGGCAGUAACAAUAGUAAUUACAAAAACGAACAACAACCUGGAGAGGAUAAAUAG